GCAGAGACGAAGAGAUAAGAUGACAUGCAAGAAACUCAUUAGUAUGCACAUGGUAUGCGUGGCAUUGUUGUUUCAUGUCUUGAUCGGCAUUUCAACGGCAAGCGAUUAUUUGGACAUCAGUGGAAUUCGACUUGCAAACGGUACAGGGCCAUUUGGUGGUCGUGUAGAAGUCAGUAUAAAUGGGGUUUGGGGAACGGUCUGUGAUGAUUCGUUUGACAUGAAUGAUGCUAAAGUCAUGUGUAGAACAAUGAAUCUUCAAGCGACAGCCUAUUUUUCUGGUGCCUUUUAUGGACAAGGAAUUGGUCCAAUAUUUGCUCAAGAAUUUAAGUGCAGUGGAUACGAGCAACAUAUCAAAUACUGCAAAUUUGAUGUAAAUGUACAGUGCACACAUGCUAGGGAUAUAAGCAUUGUUUGCACAGAAUGUGGCGAAGUUGAUAUAUCUAACGGAUACGCAAAGUCAAUAUCAGAGAAUGGAAGGGUGCUUACUGUAGCAUGUAAAACUGGAUUCAGGUCAAACAUUGAUACAAGUGUCUGUGAAGCAGGGGCAUGGUCUGUACCGUCAAUAUAUUGUGCAGCAGCAGAUAUCACAGACAUUCGGCUCGCUAAUGGCAUUGGACUGUAUGAUGGUAGAGUUGAGUUACUGAUGAAUGGAACUUGGGGAACAAUCUGUAGUACAUCGUUUAGCUGGGACGAGACACGGGCUAUAUGUUAUAUACUGUAUGGUACAACUUCGUAUGAAGCAUAUUUCACGAGUUCCUACUCCUAUGGAGAAGGAACAGGUCCUGUUCAUAUAGACAAUCUUGACUGCAAAGGAACUGUGACAGAUAUCAAUGAGUGCGCAUAUAGCCUAGAUGUAUCAUGUGCAGAUCAUAGCCGGGAUGUAGCUGUUGUUUGCAGAGUAUUUCCUUUAAAUAUUACCCAUACGAGACUUGUAAAUGGCACUGGGCCGUACGACGGUCGGAUCGAAUUAUACGUAGAUGGUCAUUGGGGGACAAUAGAUAGAAGAUAUGUAGAUCUGUAUGAUGCAAGGACAAUCUGCAAUACACACGGUGCAAGGCAAAUACAUAGAGAGUAUUAG